CUCAGUGUUUAUUCAGAAAUAAACUCCAGCGAGAGUGAUCCUUCUCACUUUUUACGAAUUACGUUUUUAGUAACAGACAUUUUUACAAUUCUGAGAAAGUUUCACUGUAUUUUUCCACACACACCUUGCAUGAACAACCCUUGUCAACAUGGAACUUCUUUCUGUCGACCGAUUUACAAUGGAGAUGACUAUCAGUGUGUUUGCAAAGCAGGUUUUACCGGAAAGCACUGUGGAGUGGAUAUCAACGAAUGCGCCAGUAAUCCUUGUUUAAACGGAGGAGCGUGUGCAGACCAGGUUAAUGGAUAUGUUUGUAGCUGCCCAGCUGGCUGCACAGGCGUACACUGCCAAACUGAAAUUUGUUCUGUAGCGCCUCAAAAUCGCCAAGGCUGCGGAAAGGGAAGUAAAGAAGAAUGUGAAAACAGAGGAUGUUGUUAUAACUCAAGCAUUCGCGGCGUUCCUUGGUGUUUUUAUGGAAACCCUUAAGUUUCGCAUCCUCCUUGGUAUUAAUAUUACUUUAAUAUUGACGAUUAUGAUGACGACGACGACGAUGACGAUGACGAUGAUAAUGAUGAUGAUGAUGAUGAUGAUGAUGAUGAUGAUGAUGUUAACAGUUGGCGUCAAUACAUAUAGGGAGCCUGGAUAGCAAUUGUUAAUUGUUUCAGAAUGUACAGUGAAACCACAAUUAAGCGAACCUUCCAGACUGCGUGCAUAUUUAAAGAUUUUAUAGCAUUUAACAGUUUCUCUGCCGGAUAAACUUCCAGAUUGUUACCUUAGCCAUCGUGACCAACUAUAUUGUUGUAAAAUAAGAUUCACUUGAAUCAGAGACCCGCGGGCCGUUUAACGCUCUUCUAUAGGAAAAAUGAAUAAACGUUUCACUCAACUCUUCAUUUUGUUGAUUAUUUAUUGAAUACUAGUUUACCUAAAUGGUACAAAAUGCUGCCGAAGGGAAGGAUGAUGUAAAGAGCGUCAAUGCACAGCAGGGUUGUUCCCAUACAGAACUCAGGAUCAUCCGGUAACCGGAAAACAAACUGGUUUAUUUAACUUCUUGGAUUACAGCACUCAGCAGCACUAAGCGCAGACAUUUGUCAUUGGGAAUUAUCUUUGGCCCGUUUCUUCAUAUACAUGUAUUUUGUUUUUAACAAAGCAUCAAGGUCAUGUUAGUUCUCUGAAAUAGAAUUAUUUGAAGCUGGUAUAGUCUUCGAGAUCACACUGCAUGCGAGGUCAGUAGUAAACCAUAAGUUAAGGUUGCAGGCAAUAUCACCCCCGAUGCCACCGUACAACUGAUACCGGCAAAAUCCUAUGGGAAAAUUUUUAACUUCACUGAAAUCAAUAAAUAGUUUCUGACUUUUUGUACGAAACAUGGCUGACAACUAGAGCUAUGCUCCGAGUAG